GUAGACUAUUGAGUACCAUUGAUCCACGUGGCGUCGCGCCGGGAGCAUCUUGUUGACGUUGAAACAAUUGCAAACGCCCAAUCCGCUUGUCAGAGCAGAGAGUGCUGUUAGGUUUUCGGCAAAGGUCAAUAUUAUAACGGAUUGUAAGUUUAAGACCGGUAACGUGUCGUGAUGGCGCAACAUCAAUACUGCAGCGUACCGUCAGUGUUUGCCGGAGCCGAUGUGUUCAUCACCGGUGGUUCGGGAUUUAUGGGCAAAGUGCUGAUCGAGAAGCUGCUACGAUCGUGCCCAAAGAUAGGCCAAGUGUUUGUGUUGAUGCGCGCGAAAAGAGGCAAACCGCUGGAGGACCGUUUGAAAGCGAUCACCGAGGGAUUGUUAUUCAGCGUUUUAAAAAGUGAGAACGAAGCAUCUCUCGCCAAGAUCUGUCCGGUAGAGGGUGACUGUACCCAGUUGAAGCUCGGUAUGUCGGACGACACGCUGAAGAAGCUGCAGAAUGUGCAGUUUGUGUUUCAUGUUGCCGCUAGUGUACGGUUCGAUGAUCCGCUGAGGGAUGCCAUCUUGACCAACACUCGCAGCACCCGGGAGGUGUUGGAAUGGGCCACAACGCUACAUAAACUGAGAGCUGUAGUGCACAUAUCGACCACCUACUGCAAUCCGGAGCUGCUGCACGUGGAGGAAAAGAUUUAUCCGCCGAAGAUGAACUGGAAAGAAGCCAUACGUAUGGCAGAGACGUUCGACACCGCAACGCUGGAAACGUUCAGGGACAAGCUUACUGAGUUCGCUCCAAACACCUAUACCUACACAAAGGGGUUGGCUGAGCAGAUUUGCCAAGAUUACCGCCACAAGGUUCCGCUGGUUGUGUUUCGGCCGUCGGUUGUGACGAACGCCGAGAGUGAGCCACUCAGUGGGUGGAUUGAUAAUUUCAACGGACCCAUCGGGCUACUGCUGGGUUGUGGAUCUGGCCUAGUUCGAACUGGCUUGCUCGACUUGAAUAACCGAAUCAACUGCAUUCCGGUCGAUGUCAGCAUAAAAGCGAUCAUCGUAGCCGCGUGGAAAAGGGCAACGAUCGAUGAACCUAGUGCACUGCCAGUCUACAACAGUGCGGCCGAUCCCGAGAAAACUAUCAACUACGGCAUGAUGAUCUAUGAUGGCAAAAAACUGUUCGAGCAUGUCCCAUUGUCCAACAUACUGUGGGCUCCCGGUGGGACAGCCACAACCAAUAAGUAUAUUUUCUAUUUGCUAUUCUUUUUCGUCCAGAUCAUACCGGCUCUCCUGAUCGAUACACUUUGUCGCAUUACCGCCCGUAAGCCAUUUAUGCUCAAGCUGAAUCGCAAAAUAUUCGAUGCUCAAGUUUCGCUACGCUAUUUCAUGAAUAUCGAGUGGUUUUUUGAUAGCACUAACUUUAAGCAGCUCAACGAACUACUGCACGACGAUGACAAGCGUUGCUUUUCCACCGAAUAUUUUACUCACGGUACGAUGGAGUACUAUAAGCGAGCCAUUCUCGGUGGACGCCGUUACUUGAUGAAGGAAUCAGACGAAACUAUACCGGCUGCAGUGAAGAAGUACAAGCGCCUGCUGAUGUUAGACUUAUGCGUGAAGAUGGUUGUAGGAUUGCUAAUUAUUUAUUUGAUCUACAAUAGAUAUGUAACAUAGAAAGUUUGCAUUAAAGCUGCGAACACAAAACGGUAACAACCAGCUUCUAGUUCUAAAACAAAUCUUCAGAGCUGUUCUGUGAAAGAAAUCGAAGAUUAUGUUCCUCUGGCUCAUUUUAUUUUGCAUUCGCUCGAAUCGUUGCUUCGUUCUAAUCAGACGCAUCAUUUGAUUAACAUUAGGCCGAGCAAGUCGAUACCGUGGCAGUUUCGAUUAGCAUAUUCAAAUCGUCAGCAGUCUUUAGCGUACAGUUGAACCCGUUUGAAUAGCCAAUAAGUACACACUACGGUGCAUAGAGAGCUGUACACCUCUAUUGUUAUGUCGCUGGGAGGAUUACUUCCGGAACAAUUCAACGCGACACCUCGCACCAGGAGGGUCAGAUUGCAUGUGUGCGUUUCAUUUCCCUUCAGUCACAUAUGCUCAUCACAAAUAAUUCUUUUAUCUUUUUAACCAAGGGUAGAGGGCCCCGAAUACUAUUAAAUAUUGUACUUCUUUCAGGAGUGUUUAUCGUAAUAAUGGCAAAACUUUUAUAAGUACUACUCGUGUAAACACCUUUGAAUGUUGUAUAUUGGAACAAAUUAAGCUCAAUCGUGACAUACCGUACAUGGUAAGCAUUAUCAACUUACUUUAAAUUUCCACUCAGAUCUACUUCAUUGCAUUACAUGUCGAAAAUCAUUUUAUCUGUUGAACGAUCUGCUUGCCACCGAAUAAAUCAAUGUGGUAAUGCAUGUGUUGAUAAAACUUUUUCUUAUUGAUAUUUUUCUGUACAUUCCUUAUAGCCAUCCGACAGCCAAUCGAUAUACCAAUCGAUUUCUCUAGAUUAUUUUAAUAUAGAAAACCAUCUUUCUGUAACUUUUGGAUUAUGAAGCAAUCGUAAAUACAUUCCCAACAUUUGAAUUUAACGACAGUUCGUAGUAUAAUUUCCCAUACUUAUUAACACCAUGAAGUAAUUUAUUGUAUUUAUAUUUUUACGUGAAUACGGUGAUGUGGUAUGGAUCAUUUGUCGUCGUUAUUAGUGCAGUAAAAUGGUUAAAGUUGGUAAAGAAAUUAAAGUAUAAUUGAUAGGAAAACGCUACAAAAUGUCAGCAAAUGAACAAUUCCCAAUGUUAAUUGCCAAUCAUGCGAUUGAUUGUAACCUUUGUUUGGUUU